AUGAUACGGUUGGUAAAUGUACUUCCCUUUCGAUGCUUUAGUACAAAGAUACGCCAACGAAGCUUACCGCUGUGUUUGCGGCACUUUAAUUCGCAUUCAGGGCUAGGGCCACUUUUGCAGAAGUCAAUGUCUUUGAAAAACAUCCAGUUAUCAGAUCUGUCUUUACCAUUAUCCAAGAACAAGGAGAAGCAGGAGAAGCAGGAGAAGCAGGAAAAACAGGAAAAACAGGAAAAGGAAAGUGAUGGAAAACAUCCAAUUGGGUUACUAGACAAAUUUUCUGAGGACUUCAUUACUCAGGGCAAUGGGUUAAAACCUACUACCUCACAGAAUCAGUUGGACACUAUAAAGUUUUAUAGAAUGCUUCGCGAAAGAGGUAGCUUCUCGGACGAACAGUGUAAAAUUAUCAUCUCCUUAUUGCUGCAGCUACUAAACGAUGAAUUUUACUCCUGCUAUAAUGAUUUGUUUCUAAGAGAUAUGGAAUUGAAUAAACAGUCUCAUCUGUUUAGCUCACUAGAGACUGAAUUGAAAUUUGCUAUCCAAAACUCUAGGGACACGCAACUAAACGAGCAUCAUCUGCAAUUAUUAAAACUCAAGAGAGAACUCAACUCUAUACACGAUGAACUGAACGAAAUUAUAAUAGAUUCCUUGCAAAAAGAUGCUAAAUUAGAAUUCAACAAUCAAAAAUUGGAAAACACCCUGUUGUAUAGACAGAUUAACUUGAAAUUGAAUGACUGCUCCAACAAAAUUCAAACCAAGAUACUGGGUGAUAUCAGGUCGCAUAUCGAGAAUUUAAGGUGGCAAACAACAAGAAGCGGUCUUUUGAUAAUAUUGGUCCUUGUUUGUUCAAUCAUGAUCGGUGUAAGUGCAUCUAAGAAGGAGAAUGUAGGAACAGAGGAGCAUACGGAAUCUGUAACAUUACCUCAAGAACAAUCCAUUGACUCUACACUUUCUGAAGAAGAACCUUAA